AUGGCAUAUCCAUAUUAUCAUUCAUAUAUCCCAUACACUCCAUUCAUUCCAUAUCAACAACAACACAUAAUUUCUACUUCACCUCCAUUUUCCACAUUCAAUGAACAUUCAAGUUACCCUCACUACCAACCUCAAUCUCAAGAUUUCUAUUCCCAGCUAGAAACCCUAAAACAAUAUUUGAUUGAAACUCAUGAAAUAAAAAAAAAAUCAAGAGAAGAGUUGCAGGAACAGAUCCAAAAUUUAAGCCUUUCUCUCAAAGCAUCAUCUCAGAAAUUCUCUCAAAUAUUUUCUGAUGCGCAAAAGAAAGAUAGAAAAAAAUAUCAAAAAGUUACGAUUGACAAUGAACCAGAAAAACGAGUUGAUGAAAAACAAGUUGAGGAAGAAAGUGAGAUCAAAAUCAUCACUUUAGAAAAAAAAUCGUUUCCGAUGACAUCUCUAGUGUCAUCUCCGGCAACAUUUUCGAAACCGGCAAGAUCUCUGACGUCACUUUCGGAAACGUCUCCAACACCACUUUCGACAAUAUUUAUGGUGUCAUCUCCUCCAAUAAAACAACUAGAUCUAAAGCUAACACACAUGAUUUCAUAUUUGAUUGGGAGACCACUUCUUGAUAAAAAAAGAAAGAAGUUUGUACAGCUUUCGGUGCCGCUUUUUCCACCACCUAAACCCCCGGAUUUGCAAAGCUCGUCGGAACUAUCACCGCCAAUCUCAUCACCAACACUACUUAUUAGUCUCCGGCGACCACCGCCAAAACCACCUGAUAUGCCAACACCUCCAAUAAACGCAUUGAGCUUUUAG